AUGAGAGCAAAUGACGUUACUCAGUGGCAGUAUAUGUUGUGUGGGAGAGAUGAAACUUGGAUAUCUCAGGGAAGGAUUCUUGACGGUUGGAUUGAGAAACAAAUCCAUCUGACGGUGGGAAAUAACGCUCGGCCUUAUCUAUUCAAAGUUCGCGUUAUCCUAAGGAAGAAGCUGAUUGGGCAAAAGAGGCUAUUGGCGAAUCUUGUACAAUGCCACUUGUCACUUCAGCAGCACAUGUCAAUCACCGGAAGUCCACUUGGAAAACCAUGA